AUGGAUCAAACUGGGUAUGUCUGCAAAGGAAUGAACAGAACGUUCUUUGAAGCAGCCAAAUCAGGGAACGUAAGAGCGCUUAAUGAGAUUUCGCCGCCGUGGAGCGUUGCGAAUGAGGUAACGCCAGGGGGAAACACGGUGCUACAUAUUGCCGCCUAUCAUGGCUCUCUCCCAUUCGUUCACAAGUUGCUUCAACUUUCAAAUGCCAAUCUAGAGGAUGGGAUGACAUUUUUAAAAGCUAAAAAUAUGGAAGGAAACACAGCGUUACACGAAGCAGCCUUAGGAGGAAGUGAGCAAGUCGUGAUUACUUUACUUGAAUUCUGCCCAGAUUUGGUGAAUGAGAUCAACAAAGCAAGCGAAACAGCUCUCUUUAAAGCUUGUGAGGGAGGUCACGCCAAGAUCGUUGAACUGUUGUGUCCAAUGACUUAUACUGAGUAA